UCUUGCAAGAGUGAAUAGGACAACGAUUUGGACUUGGACUUUGUGGGGAACCUGCCUGAGUGAAGCUUUGAUUGUCCAAACGCAAUUCUUGUGAUUUUUUAAUUCAAGAUUUACGUAUGGACAUCGCCGCUUCAUGAUUGAUUCGUCUGAUCGAGAACGACAAUUGGGUGCAGAAAUUAAACGGUAAGUGAGUUCAUCAUUGUAAAGAAGUGUUGAGACGAGGGUGCUGUUUGUUUCGUAAGUUGCAUUCAUUUUCAUCAUUUUUGUGAUAGUGAGAUUUUAGCCCGAGCAUUUAUAGAAUUUUGCUAGUCGAAUUUUGUGACGAUUUUGUGAGACAUGGCGUUUUAUUAGUAGUGACUAAACUUUUAUUUCUUUAUUAUAUUUAAAGUAGUGAAAGUUUUGCCUUGCCAACGAAUUUUUCCGAUUUAGUAAAAUCUGUCAGGUUUUAGAUACCCACAACUAAAUAUUUUCCUUCAAUUCUCAUUUUCAUCUCGCGUCCACCGACCAACUUUGCUAAACAUUAAAAUCCUACACUUCUUAACCUCUGAUUCCUAAACUCAGUUCCAAAUUGGCAAUUAGUUUAUCAUAACCACUUUCUCCGGUGCAUCUCCUGCUCAAAAAACGGUAAAAAUGGAGUGUGCCUGUCUUCCCAACAAUGGGCCGGCUUUCACCGCAGAGCCCCACAUGAUUCCAGGGUACAUGGGUUACGUUCCCCAGUACAAAUACAAAUUUGGAAACACUUUUGCUGAACAAACGCACAAACUAUUUCUGGAUCCAUGCGUCAAUAUGAGUCCACGUGCCGUGUUAACCGACGUUUGCCCUGAGGAUUGCAGCUCGGGUGGAUUUCUCCAAAAUGCAACAGGUUUCCGGUUUGGACAAUGUGGCUGCAAUGAUCCGUACAAAUGUGGGCGAGAACCACAGUUUUCAUCGGGACGAAAUCGAGGCCAGGGGACACAAGCUCCACGUUUCCAGACAAUUAUGAAUCACACUUACGCCCCAUUUUGUAACCGAUUCUGCACAAAAACCUUUGAGCAGGACCAAUGGCGCGACAAGCUUUUUACACGGGAACGAGAAGCGUUGGAUGGAUGGCGGUAUUGCUACAAGUCAAAGCCAUGGGACCGCCCUGAACGAACAAAACCUUGGGAUGGUGACCACGCCGAGUUCCGCCGCACUCAAGCCACUCUUCUUCCCCCAAUGAUGAAAGAUGAUCUUGACGUCCACCUCCGCGGAUUUGAUGGAAUCGCACGACCCGGGGGCGAUUGUGGCGAACCUGACCCAUAUGCAGUGACCUCGAUACGAUACAAAGCUGCAACCGGACCACGACAAGGAGUUGGGGCUUCUUCUUCAGCCGGUGCAACCUGUGGGGGUUCGUCGAAUAAUUCUAAAUUUUCUGGUGCAUCAAAUUCCAAAGCGAAUUGGAAACUACCGGCUGUACCUUCUGGGGGAAAUAAUUGUCCUCCAUGUGAACUUUACCAACGCCAUUAUCGCGGAGUUGAGAAGGCUGCGGUGGAUGCGGGAUUAAAAGGAAUUGUGAAACAUCCUCUGUUUCCGGCCCCACAGGGAAACAUGAUUCGAGACGCUUUUUGCGAAGAGCUGGAUGUUCUCCGGGAAUUGAACAAGGAGCAAAUGUCACCUGCCCCGUGUCGAGCUACUGAUGGCGUAAUUGAGGAACUUGGAGAGCUUCCUAUCAUGACUUUACACAAAAUGGCACAAAAGCGAGAAGACACAUCAGGAAAAUUUUAUCCCGAAGAGAGAGGUCUGGCACGAGUCUGCAAUCCAAUUGGAAGUUCUUACUUGACCGCGAGACCUUUCCGAUGCAGUGCGAUUUACAGAUAUUGCGAGCCACUCGGAUCAACAUAUGCUGGACAUGUCCCAGGAGAACAGUUCAUUAAUGGAGAGCACCGAGGAAAAGCAACACGAAACGCAUUAAAAUACAUGACCUACCGAGUUUGACCCACAUCCUACCAAUCCUGCAAAUUGGCUCUAUUAACGAAAUUAUGAUUUUCUAAAUUUUGUUGCAAACUAUGAAAUUCUUGUCAAAUGUGAUGUGAACUGACAAUAACAGAAUGAAUAAAAAGUAAUUUCACACUAAAACACAAUAUAUCGACCAGAAUUAACUGUACGUUAUAUAUUCAGCUAUUACAUUUCUGGAAAUGGCAAGAAUUGCCAUACAUUAAAUGUUAUUAAAUAUGUAUAACUAUUCAAUUCUAAGCAGAAUAAUUUCGAGUUUAUCGGAUUCUAAAAAUACAGAAAUAUGCUAACCUGUGUAUUACGUUAUCAUUACUGGCGUUCUACGUUACAUUUGAAUUCUGGAAGAAAUAGAAAAUGAAUAACUACUUAUAGCCACAAAUAAAUACUAAAGAUAGAUCUCAAUAAUGUGCGAUAUAGGGGAUUCGUUAUUUACAAAAAAAUGAAGGGUAGUAUACUAUAUAACCAUCAAGAUUACAUUAGCAAUUAAUGUAGUUG